AUGCAGGACCAAGCCGCCUCCAGUUUUACCAAGCAGGAGACUGGCACCAACAUUGAGAUGCUCGAAGACGCAGCAGAGUAUCACCGCCCUCCCUCCAAGAACAAUAAUGCCUUCGCUGGACAUGCUCAACUUGGCCAGAUCCAGCAGAAAGCGGAGAAAAGGCUCGUCCACAGGCUGGAUCUGAUCCUCAUUCCACUGGCCUCCCUCAUCUUUUUCGUCGCCUACCUCGACCGAAACUGCAUUGGCAAUGCCCGUCUGAUGGGCUUAGAAGAAGAUCUGUCUCUCACACCAAAUCAAUUCUAUAAUUGUCUGGCAGGUGCUCCUAACCCCAUGUUUUGA